CAUUUUAUAUUUUCUUUCAAAUCAUUUUGUCGGUGAUUUUAUAUGAACUAUUUUGGGGAAAACAUUUUCUUAUGUGGCAAUGUAAAGAUUCAUAUUCGAUCAUUAAGAAGUGUUGAACAAUCGUGUGUAAGCCACCGAUUAUAGCAAACCGAUUCAAGCAGCAGUUUAUUUAUAAACGAGAUUGGUCGACUAAUCUGGUGUAGUCGCUUAGCAUAGUGUUCUUAAGCAGUAGCUAUACGUAUAGAUCCAUAUCCUUAAGUUCUUUUUAUUUAAAAUGCUUGUAAAAUAUACGUGAGGCUUGUGAUGAUGUUCUACGUUAAGUAGCCUAAUCGCCUAUAAUUCAGUGCAACAAUUCAUCCUUAUGUUCAUUCUUAUAGGCCUACUGUCCUUUAUAUUAUCAAUUCAUCCUUAUAUUGUUAAUAAGUGCCUAGAAAACACUUUUAUCGCCGCGAAUAACGCAAAGUUAAAAGAGGGAUGAAGUGGAAGGCGUGUGAUUCCUCGGUGCGCCGCGUUUAAAAUACCGCUCUGUGCCAAGUGAUGUCAAAGUACGUGACAAAACGGUGCAAAUAUAUUUUAAGCAUGUUAAAUGUUUUAACAGAAAUCAUGCCGAAUAAUCUAUAGGUAUAGGCAUAGUUGUCGUUGAAAAGGAAUUACGCCAUCGCUGUCAACGGGGGAAAAAAACUUCCCAAGAAGUCCAAUAUCAAUAAAAAAAAUGAAGAUGCAACGUGUUGUGUUAUGUAGCCUAUAGCUAGCCUACCUCACAAACUAAACUAUCGUAUCAUCUGCCGCUACGAUUCACCGUGAAAAUCAAGGAGUCACAUAAAGUCAGUGUAAUGCAUGGUUUUCACUUUCUUGGUAUAACAUACCAUUAAACUAUUUGUGUGACUCAACGCAUUUACUUUGUAAUUUGUUCUGCCUAGUCAGUACUUAAAAGGGGAGCUGUUAUUGGGCAAGGCGUCAUUUGGUGAAUGGGGGUUUUAGCUACUGUUUGUUCUCAUUAACUGAUAAAAAGCGUUGCAAGACUGUAUAGGUGGCGUUGGCCUUCGCGGGAUAGGAGUGAUCACUGAGCAGGCUGCCUAUCGUCUGGAGCGGAAUACAUUUACAUUUAUUUAUUUAGCAGGAACAGCGAGGCAUAUAAUAAAUAGAUCUCAAGCAUACGGCUAUCGUGGAGCUAGAUCGAGCUUCUAUAGAAGGACCGGUCAGAUACGCAUGUUAGCAUUAGAGCACGAGCUAAACAAUACGUCGCAAAAGAUAACAAUAAGCUAACAGACGAUCUAUUCAAAUCAAACCGCCCUACGAGGUAAGUGCCAAAUAUAAGAGUACAAGAGCGUCGAGCAGGGGCAGAAUUUGAGGGGGUUGAACAAUCCUGGCCACCGUACACUAGGGGGCCCCCUGGAUAUCUCGACUUUUUCUUUUUUAGUAACGAACUAUUUAUAUUUUAAAUUCUGUAAUAGUAUAAUAUAUUGUAAUUUGGCCGAUCAAUCCGCCGGAGUGAUACCUCCCUCCCUGAGCUUGCUGAUUGAAGCAUGCAAGGUGGAAUGCAGGUCCAGAUGAGUGAAUCAUUGGAGCGAACGUGUUCAGAAGAUGACGGGCUUGUCUGAGAUCUCGGCAGCCUGACGGAGAGACGCGCGUCGAUCCGACGCCGCAAUCAGAGGAAACUGGAGCGACGAGGCUAAGAGAGCGAAAUGAACGAACUUCUUCUCUUAGAUCUUCUCAACUGUUCCCAAUCCCCGAACUGCUCUCGUAGGAAUUUCUCCCUGACGACGUUUGGGGAGGAAUGUCAGAGCCACCUGCCCAUGUUCUUCAUCAUGGCGAUCGCUUACAGCGCCGUGGCUCUUCUGGGGAUCGUGGGUAACCUGACCCUGAUCCUCAUCAUCGCCAGGCAGAAGGAGACGCACAAUGUGACCAACAUCUUGAUCGGCAACCUCUCGGCCUCCGACCUGCUGAUGGCGGUCGUCUGCUUGCCGUUCACCUUCGUCUACACGUUCAUGGACCACUGGGUCUUCGGCGAGGCCAUGUGCAAGCUGAACAGCAUGGUACAGUGCAUCUCCGUCUCCGUCUCCAUCCUCUCUCUGGUGCUGAUAGCCGUGGAGAGGCACCAACUCAUCGUCUACCCUCGUGGUUGGAGGCCCAGCAACCUUCACGCCUACGUGGCCAUCGCCGUUAUCUGGACACUGGCGGCGGUCACCGCUCUGCCUUUCGCCGUCUUCUCCAUAGUGACUGAUAACCCCCUGAAACUGCUGCAGUACUUCCACGAGCACUAUGGCGGGAAGGUGGUGUGUGUGGAGAGCUGGCCUUCCAGAACGUUCCGGCUGGCGUACACCACCGGCAUGCUCUUCAUUCAGUACGUGGGACCCCUCUGCUUCAUCUUCAUCUGCUACUUAAAGAUAUAUGUCCGUCUUAAAAGGCGAAGUAAUAUGAUGGAGAAAGUGAGGGAGAGCAAGUGCCGGUCGAACGAAAGCAGGAGGAUCAAUGCCAUGCUCUUCUCCAUCGUGGUGGCCUUCGCUAUCUGCUGGCUCCCUCUCAACGUCUUCAACGCCGUCGUCGACUGGAACCAUGAAGUACUCAUGACCUGCCACCACAACCCGCUGUUCUCCUUCUGCCACCUGACGGCGAUGGCUUCCGUCUGCAUCAACCCCGUCUGCUAUGGUUUCCUCAACAAGAACUUCCAGCGCGAUCUGCAUGUGGUGUUCCACCUCUGCAAGAGGACUCCCAGGGAAGAAGAAUAUGACACUAUAGCGAUGUCAACCAUGCAAACAGAUGUGUCCAAGACGUCCCUUAAGACAGGAAGCUCAACAGACUAUACAUAAAUGAUCGAUAUACUAAACAUUUGAAGGAGUACGUGAAGGUUGGCAUCAUUCUUCUGUACAUAGUUUGCGUACACUAUACUACAACUUUUGAAUGUCUUAUUAGAAGGAAAUAUAAUUCACAUAUCCUUCUUGUAUAACAUUUACAGUGUAUAUAACGUUUUUUAUGACUUUCAUGGAAUGGUUUGUGCAAGGCACAGUUUGUGCUUUAUGGACAACAGCAGAGUAUUUCAGGACUAAAGGCACUUCAAAGCCAUAUGACAAAUCCCUGCAUAUAUCAUUAACCUUUUUUGGUGGUAGAUAAUAAUUGAUGUGAUAAUGCAGACAAACAUACAAUAGAAUCUCUGCUAUUCAACUAACAGAAUUGUGUAAAAACUUUUUUUUUUCAUGUGUAUUUUAAAGAAGGUAAGUUUGCACAGUGUGAUUUUAUGUUCUGUAUGCGUCUGUUAAUACACAGAAUGCUUUUGUCUCAGUUAAAUGUUCAUGCUUCUUUUUUGUAAUACAUCACACCUCGAAUAGGUUUUAAAUUAAUGUUUUGUCAGUGUUUUUGACACUGGUAAAUAACAUUUUACGUGAUACGGUUUCAUAGAUGUUUUAUUACAGUCAUUAUAUAAAUAUAGAAAAACCUACUAUUUAUGUUAAAUAACUUUCAGUUUUACUUUACGUUUAAUGUUUCGGGAAAAGGUACAAUUAAGAGACCCAAUAAAUCUUUCGUAGAGAUUC